AUGCCUGAGCUCUUCAGGUCGUUGACAGAAGAGAUGACAACAGACAUCUUCGUUGAACGAAGGCAUCAGUACUCCUGCCCACCCAACAGCUCUCCUCGGAGACCUGACGGGUUCUUUGAGGAUACCCCGUUUAGCCUAACAAGACGAUGUGUGCAUUAUAGCCUGUGCAACAUCCACCAUAUCGUACGAACAUGGGAUGGUCAGGACAUGAUGAUCAUCCUUGUAUCAGACAGCAUGAGGGGCAUGGAUAAUCCCGCACUCCUCCGCCGAGUCGCCUGGCCUCCUUCCGUUUAUCUGCAGGACAACCACUGCCUGCCCACGUUGCAGGAAGUCGUCAUCGGAAACCUCGUCUUCGGGAGUGACAAAUGCUCACUGGAAAACCUUCGGCUAGGCUUUCGAAUUCAUGCUGCAAACAUUGUCCUCGGGUAUCUCCAUUCUCUCAAGGUUGCGCACCGUGAUCUUUUCUGCGACAACUUCCUGGCCCGCUGUCGCAAUGUUGGUCAUGACGAGACGUCUUGGCGUCGUCCACGUUUAUAUCUGAUCGAUUUCGAGUUGGCGACCGUGUUCGGAUCAUCGACAGCCGCCCGAGACGAUGUCUGUCCAUGGGCCCCCACUGAGCUGGGAAGAACGGGGAAUCUGUUGCUGAUGAUGAGCGCUAGCGAAUCCGCUGAGGAGUUUCCAUCGUUGCACGCCUUCGUGCCAAUGGAAUGA